UUUUUUUUUUUUUUUUUUUUUUGGAUUGGAUAUUUUCUUUAUUUACAUUUCAAAUGGUUGCCCCUUUCCAGGUCUCCCCUUAGGGAGCCCCCUAUCCCCUACCUUGGACCCCUGCCUCUAUGAGGGUGCUCCCCCACCUACCCACUCACUCCUGUCCUCCCACCCUGGCAUUCCCAUACACUGAGGGGAAUUCUACAAUGGAUAGGUGGGAAUCGGCGAUUUCCAUGGCAGUGAAAGUUGACUCCAAGAGUAGCCUGGGAAAUCUUUCCUUUCGGGUGAGAAUUCAAGUAUAGCGAAGAGAAUUUUCUUAAGUAGAGUACUCUGGUUGUCCUUCAUAAUUCUGUCCUCACAGUCUUUUCUGAAUUCCACUCCCCUCUGAGUGUGAGCUUUAUGAUGGAGUAUAAACUCCCCACUGAGAGCCACGAAUCAAGUUCACCUUCAGCACCCCGUCCUUUCAGAAGGCUCACCACUAGUUGCUCAUUUGAUGGGAAUUCAUCAGACACUCAGGGCCCUUUGAAGGGCUCCACUGCUAUUGCAUUUGUCCUGGCUAUAAAGGAUUAUGUCCCCAGAAACAGGGCCCGGACAGUGACAUCAUUGCUGGGCUGGGGCUAUGACAUCACUAUGGCUCAGAGGAAAACAGGGUGGGGCAGGCAGAAGCAUUGGAGUCCCAUCGAAGCCUGCAGAAGCCUUUCAUGAGGCUUUCACCGUGAACAGCACAACAAGAACAAUCAACCAUGACGACCGAAUCAGGAUCAGACUCAGAAUCGAAGCCAGACCAGGAGGCUGAGCCCCAGGAGGCAGCAGGGCCUCAGGGGCAAGCAGGGGCACAGCCUGGACCAGAGCCUGCAGGUGGAAACGGCAGCCUCAACGGAGAGAAGCAGCAGCCGGCCCUAGAGCAGUUCCCUGAAGCCGCUGCACACAGCACCCCAGUGAAGAGGGAGAUCGGUGACAAAGACCGGGACUUUGCUGCUGCAGCUGCGAAACAGCUUGAAUAUCAGCAGUUUGAGGACGAUAAGCUCUCUCAGAGAUCAUCCAGCAGCAAACUCUCACGGUCCCCGCUGAAGAUCGUGAAAAGGCCUAAAAGCAUGCAGUGCAAAGUGACGCUUCUGGAUGGGUCAGAGUACGGCUGCGAUGUGGACAAGCGCUCCCGAGGACAAGUGCUCUUUGACAAAGUGUGCGAACAUCUGAACCUGCUAGAAAAAGACUACUUUGGCCUCACGUAUCGAGACGCAGAGAAUCAGAAGAACUGGUUGGACCCUGCUAAGGAAAUUAAAAAGCAGAUUCGGAGCGGUGCUUGGCAUUUUUCAUUUAAUGUGAAGUUUUACCCACCAGACCCUGCCCAGCUAUCAGAAGAUAUCACCAGGUACUACCUCUGCUUGCAGCUGCGAGAUGAUAUUGUGUCUGGACGGCUACCCUGUUCCUUCGUGACUCUUGCCCUGCUGGGCUCCUACACGGUGCAGUCAGAGCUCGGGGACUACGAUCCCGAUGAAUGUGGGAAUGACUACAUCAGUGAGUUCCGCUUUGCGCCAAACCACACGAAAGAACUGGAGGAUAAAGUGAUUGAGCUGCACAAGAGCCACAGAGGAAUGACGCCAGCUGAAGCCGAGAUGCACUUCCUCGAAAAUGCCAAAAAGCUCUCCAUGUACGGGGUGGACUUACACCAUGCCAAGGAUUCGGAAGGAGUGGAGAUUAUGUUAGGAGUCUGUGCCAGUGGUCUGUUGAUAUAUCGUGACCGGCUUCGAAUAAACAGAUUUGCUUGGCCGAAGGUCUUAAAAAUUUCUUAUAAACGGAACAACUUUUACAUUAAAAUCCGGCCAGGAGAGUUUGAGCAAUUUGAAAGCACCAUUGGGUUCAAGUUGCCAAACCAUAGGGCUGCCAAGCGCCUCUGGAAAGUGUGUGUGGAGCAUCAUACAUUUUUCAGAUUAUUGCUACCAGAAGCACCUCCAAAGAAAUUCUUGACCUUGGGCUCCAAGUUCCGCUACAGUGGCAGAACCCAGGCGCAAACAAGAAGAGCCAGUGCGUUGAUAGACCGCCCGGCCCCUUACUUUGAACGCUCGUCCAGCAAACGAUACACCAUGUCUCGCAGCUUGGAUGGAGCGUCAGUGAGUGAAAACCAUGAAAUAUACAUGAAGGAUUCUGUGUCUGCUGCAGAGGUUGGUACAGGCCAGUACGCCACAACAAAGGGCAUCUCUCAGACCAACUUGAUCACCACUGUGACUCCAGAGAAAAAGGCUGAAGAGGAGCGCGUGGAGGAAGAAGACAGAAGGAAGAAGGCUGAGGAAGCCACACCUGUCACAGCCCUCCGGCACGAGGGAAAGUCACCACCCGGGCAUGGCGCUGCUGACUCAUGUCCCCCAUCACCCCCAUCAGCCCAUCCUGACCCUCCCCCUCCCACAGAGCUCCGCAGGAGGUGUAAGGAGAAGGAAAGGGCUGAGCCAUCCUCCUUGGAGUCUGAGGCCCAGGGCAAGGCCUACUUAGGGGACCAAGAUGUGGCGUUCAGUUACAGGCAGCCAGCUGGCAAAGGCACCACGCUCUUUUCCUUCUCCUUGCAGCUCCCAGAGUCAUUCCCCUCGCUCCUGGACGAGGAUGGGUACCUCUCUUUCCCCAACCUGUCUGAAACCAACCUCCUGCCCCAGAGCUGGCAGCACUUCCUGCCCAUCCGCUCACCCUCCCUCCUCCCCUGCUUCCUAUUCAUCUUCUUCUUCCUGCUGUCUGCCUCCUUCUCAGUACCAUACGCCCUCACUCUCUCCUUCCCUCUGGCGCUGUGCCUCUGCUACCUGGAGCCCAAGGCGGCCUCCUUGAGCGCCUCCCUAGACAAUGACCCGAGUGACAGUUCAGAGGAAGAGACUGACAGUGAACGGACAGACACUGCAGCUGAUGGAGAGACCAGUGCCACGGAGUCGGACCAGGAGGAAGAUGCAGAGAUCAAGGCACAGAAUAGUCUGAUUAAGCGAAUAAAGGGUGAAAAUGUGUAUGUCAAACAUAGUAAUCUUAUGUUAGAGGAUCUAGAUAAAACUCAAGAUGAGCUGAUGAAGCACCAAACCAAUAUUAGUGAGCUGAAAAGAACCUUCUUAGAAACCUCUACAGAAACUGCCUUAACAAACGAGUGGGAAAAGAGGCUCUCUACAUCUCCCGUGCGGCUGGCGGCCAGGCAGGAGGAUGCACCCAUGAUUGAGCCGCUGGUACCCGAGGAGACCAAAGAAGAGAGAGAGAUUUCUGAGAAAGUUGUAUUUUUACAGCAAGGAAGCUCGCCAUUCCUUGAGUCUCAGCCAAGUGUGACUGAGAAAACACAGGAGGGAGUCUCCGCUGAUUCUGUCGCUACUACUCAUCAGAUAAUUUUCCAGAAAACUGUCCCAUCAACCCUAGAGGGCACAGAGGAUUGGGUUAUUGUAGACAAAAUACCCACUGAGGUAGUUGAUGGUGAUUCGAAAAAGAUUGUGACUUACAAGGUGGUGACCGUGAGCAGUAAAACUGGUGAGAUCCCAGCCGACUUGCUCAAGUCUGGUAUGAUGGACAUGCAUGGCUUCGACGACUUGACCAGAGAAAUGCAGCUGAAAGAAGAGAACAAGCAGAAGAUAUACACGCUAGGGAAAUCCUACGACACUGUCUCUGGAAGAAUCGUCACCAUGACCGGGAAAGCUAAAGACGGGGAGAAAGGACCGCAGCUCUCCACGCUGGAAGGCCUACAGAAGAUGGAGAGAGGCGCCUCAGAGGCCGUGAGGGUGGGUCCCCUGCUGGUGGAAUACGAGGUCCUGGAAGCCCUGACGGAUGAGAAAUCCAGAAGAGCUCCCGAGGUCCAGACCCCAAAGCGGAGACUGUCAGAGUCCCUAGCGCCCAUCAAGGAAGCUGAAUCUCGUCGGCAAAGCCCUGAGGAAGAUGACACCCAGAAGGCUCCAAAGCUGGGAGAUUAUGCACCUGCCCAUCCCCAGUUCAGCAAAACCCAGCAGGAGCCGGAGUGCAAGGUCCUCAAGGUGGGGCCCUUUGGCCCACGCAGGAAGAGCCUGUCUGAGUGGCGGUACUCCCACGAGCCGGCUUUUACGGUCGCUACUGCUCACUACGUCACCGAAUCAUCGGCAUCCCAAGUGGUGACCAAACAGUCUUCUGGGGAGAAGCUGAUGGAUGGCUCGGAGAUCCUCAGUCUGUUAGAGUCUGCGCGGAAACCCACAGAGUUCAUAGGAGGGGUUUCGUCUACUACCCAGAGCUGGGUGCAGAAACUGGAAACAAAGACUGAGCCUGUAGAAGCAGAGGUGGAAUCCACGCCACACCCUCAGCCCCUCAGCACGGAGAAGGUGUUGCAGGAAACGAUACUGGUAGAGGAGAGGCAUGUGAUGAGUGUGCACGCCAGCGGGGAUGCCUCGCACACAGCCAGGGAUGAAGUUGAUGCUGCAGAAUCCACACCCACAGAUCGCCGCCACACUGGGAAAGGGAAGGAGGGCUCUUCUGUGACAGAAGCAGCCAAGGAACAGAGAGGCGAGGAGGUUGACCAGUCUGCUCCCGAGCAGGAACAGCCAGCCACUGUCUCCCAUGAGGAGGAGCAGGCGUCGACCAUCCGCACUUCUGAGGGUUUGGAACAAAAAUCUCAUUUUGAGUCAUCCACCGUGAGGGUAGAAAGCACGAGUGUGGGCAGUAUUUCUCCAGGAGGAGCAAAGCUAGAGAUCUCUACCAAGGAGGUGCCCGUAGUCCACACGGAAACGAAAACCAUCACGUACGAGUCAUCUCAGGUCGAUCCUGGGGCAGAUCUGGAGCCAGGUGUGCUAAUGAGUGCCCAGACGAUCACGUCUGAAACCACUAGUACUACCACCACCACACACAUCACCAAAACUGUGAAAGGAGGCAUUUCGGAGACGAGGAUUGAGAAGCGAAUAGUCAUCACAGGGGACGCUGACAUUGACCAUGACCAGGCGCUGGCUCAGGCAAUUAAAGAGGCCAAAGAGCAGCACCCAGACAUGUCAGUGACCAAAGUAGUAGUCCAUAAAGAGACAGAAAUCACACCAGAGGACGGAGAGGAUUGACCACAGGAAUAACUCAACCUGCACAUGAACCCAGUCAUGUGAACUGUUAGGAAAACCGGAGCCUACAUGGAAUUCCCUCUUCUAACCCAACUGACUUCUAUCCGUCCGUGGAAAAUUCUGAUCCGGGAGAGCCGACCUUGACCAUUGGAUGAAAGACCCUGGCAGAGAGAUCUUCCCCGAAUAAAGCAAUCCAAAUCAGCAUCACUAAACCGAUACUGCAUGAAGCAACGAUUAAAAAAGAAAAUCACAAAAACAGUAAAACUUUUAAUUUUCACCAAAAUGUCUCCUUUUUCAACUCUCCCUGCACGUUCAUAACCAACAAUGUAAACUGUGAUCUCAAGUAACCCAUCGACAGCUCAUGCCUUUCAUAGUUUAUUAUUAAAGUCUCAACUGGACUACAGUUUCAUAGGUGACAAAUUCUCUGUUUACAGUAAACGGUAACCACCCUAUAAUGCUAUCAGCCGUCUAGGUCCGGUGUGUCAGAUUUACCCCAGAUUAGAUGUGCCAAUAACCAACCUUAUUCAGUAAACCACUUGAAUCUUGUCCUUGUCUAAUCUGGUUUUGUUCUCCUCAACCACAAGCAGUAACACUCUCUGACCCUCUAGAACUAUUUAACGCUUACAAUCUUGCUUUAUGUCUCUCCUUUGUUAUAACGUAGCACUGGUUUUAGCUUACACUGAGGUAAUUUCUUCCUCCUCACUUGCUCUGGUCUCCAUUCAAAUCCAGAAAGAUUCCCGAAAUUACCUAAGCAAACUCUCAAUAUGUAAAUGAAUCAUUGUUUGGGGAAAAAUAUGUAUUUUUUGGUUAACAAUAUUAUGAAAAUUCACUCCAGGGAAUUUUCUACUUACUUUUGCUUUCUGUUUUUUUUUUUUUUCCUUUUUCCUUGUAUUCUUUUCAUUGAUUUUUUUUCUUCUUUUACUUGAACAAAAUAAGGUGUUUUAUUUACAAAUCUGGUCCAUAUUUACAAUCUAGUUCAGAGCCAAGCCUUAAAUUGUACAGAAUUUCCACUGUAAUUAAAAUAUUUAGUGUUUAGUUAUAAAUAGCCUCCAGAAAGAUAUAUUCUCCACUACACUGUCAACUGUGUCACAGCCCGUCGUGAAUGAUGUCACCGCAUCUCGAAAUAAAACUGGCAAAUGCAUUGAAAAGC